UAUUGCCGGAAAAUGACGCAUGCGCAUUUUAUAGGUUAUAACCCCCAUUAAAAACAACCCCAGUGACGUUUCACUCCACCACUUUUCUAACCUCCUAAGAAACCCAUAAAAACCAUCCAAAAUGUCUUAAAACAACCCCUUUUGAUACUCACAAAGUUUUAAUCGUGAUGAGGAUGAGAGAUUGGAAAAUAUUCUUUAGAAGAUUACGCAGGAUUUCGUACAAAUUAAGAUUCCAUUUUUAUAUAGCCGUAAUUAUAACGUGCGUUUUAUUAUAUUUUGUGUACAAAUGGAAUUAUAUUUGCAUUUUUAUCGAGGCCCCUUUACAAAUCAACGCUGUCUGCGAUUUAUUUUUAAAAGAUUUAGCAAUUGGAUCAUUAUGCAUACCGCUUUGUACAACAAAAGAAGUAAAAACGAUAUCAUGCGAGAACUUUUUAUCAAAUAAAUUAAGUGUUUUUACGAUUGAAUGGCACGAAACGAAGAUGGUUUUUAAAAAGAUUACGAGUAACCCCAGCUCUAUUCAUUGGUACGAUAAUGGGAAGUUAAAAUAUCCAAGCGAAAAAGAUUUUUUAAGAACAAUCCAAGCGAUCGUAUACAACAAAUUAAAUUUUAACAUUACAAUACAAAGCGCGAAUAAAUUAUCACGAUUAAAACCGAAUUACCAAGAAAUGAAUUUGGGGCGCCGACAAAAAGAAAUCGAUAUUUUAUGGAGAUUAUUACAAGACAACGAAUAUUUAAUUUCAAGUUUAUACAUCGAAAGAGACGUUUUUCCACAAUUAAUAGGAACCUGUGGUGUUUAUUACGCCGUUGAAGAACUCGAUCCAAUAUUGGAUACUUCAUCGAUGUGGACGAUAAAGUAUGAUAAACAAGAUUGGGGUGCACGUCUUAAAACGGCCUUGUUAAUAAUCGAGUUAUUAGAUGAAUUAGAAAAUGGGUUUCACGAGCAUUAUCAUUUAUGCGAUAUUAGAACGGAACAUUUUGGUUUUACUAAAUCGAGGACGAAAAUUAAAUUUUUAGAUUUAAUGAGCGUACAUCCGAAAUCAAUAGUUUCCGGUUAUCUACAAACAUCGAUUUCAUCUUGCCGAGAUGACUCCGAUUGCGAAUAUCUAGAUUGUAGAGGACGUUGUAAUUUAUUAACGAAAAAAUGCACUCAAGUCACUAAUAAUAACCUUCAAAUAGUUUGCGAGAAAAUUUUUUUAGGAUGGAGAAUGUCAAAGACGAUUUUGGUGCCGGGUUUGUUGAUGGUGCCGCAUACCCCAUCGGAAUUAGCUGCGAUUUUGAGACAAUGUUCUAAUCCUGAUAUGGAAUUAGGGAAACCGAGGACUGCCGCAUCGGAAGAUAUCAAAAAAAGAUUGUAUAAUACUUUGAUUGAAAUGGAGGAGGUUGUUAAUGGGGAAAUGGAAUGAUUUAAAUUCGCCGAUUGUGAUUUAAAAGGCCUAAAAAUGAUGCCAGUGUGUUACGAACUAGAAAUAUAUUUAUAUUGCUGAUGAUGCGUUAAAAAAAUGUGGGGAAAUAGGGUUUUGUUACGUUUGUAAUUUUUGUAAAUUGUUUAUAAGUUGUGAUUAUAAAUAAAAACAAAUAGAAAAUAA